AUGAAUGUACAAGAAGAAAAGUCAUUUUCAAUUGGAAUUCAUUUAGGACUUACACAUUCUUCAGUUGCUUAUUAUGAUAUUGUUAAAAAUGAACCUAUCUUAAUUAAAGAUGAAAUAGGAAAAGAACAAAUACCAUCAUGUAUUAGUCUUUCACAACUAGAUAAUAUUGGAUUUGCUAUUGUAGGAAAUCUAGCUAAAUAUGACAUUAAUACUAAGUGUCUUAUUUAUGAUAAUAAGAGAAUAAUAGGAAGAGAUGAAAGUGAUGUUAGUUAUGAAGAUCGUGAACACUUGCCAUUCAAAUUAAAAUCAAGAGAUAAUGGAAGUGCUUAUAUUGAAUGUUAUAAUCCAUUGAAUCAAGAAAGUGAAGAAUUUGAACCAGAAGAAAUUAGUGGAAUAAUAUUAAAAUAUUUAUAUGAAAUUGCACAAGCAAAACUUGGUAAUCAUCCAAUAUCAAAUGUUGUUGUUACUGUUCCAGUUGAUUUUAAUGAUAGACAAAGAAAUGCAACAUUAUUAGCAUGUAAAUUAGCAGGAAUUAAGAAUGUUGAACUUGCUAAUGAACCAACAGCUGCUGUUAUUGAAUACAAAAGAGAAUAUCCAAAUUUAUUAAAAAAUGGAGAUAAAGUUGUAGUAAUUGAUUUUGGAGGAACAUUAGAUGUAUCAUGUUGUAAAAUAGUGAAUGACAAUGUUAUUAUAGAGUCAUGUGGAGGAAAUCAAAAUUUAGGAGGAAACGAAUUUGAUAAAGUAAUGAUUGAUAUCAUUAAAAAAAGAAUAGAAGAAGAUAUUCCAGGAUAUUAUAAACAGAAACGAGGAAUGACUCAAAAAGAAAAGAUAAUAUUCAACAAGAAAAUAAUUAGAUUAAGGAAAGAAUCAGAAAGAAUUAAAAUUGAAUUAAGUGAUAAAACUGAUACUGAAUUAAAUUUAGAAUUAUUAUUAUCUGAUGAUUAUGAUGAUGAAUAUAAUACUGAACUAGAUUUAGAUUUAUUAUCUGAUGGUUAUGAUGAUAAAUAUUAUAUUGAUCCUACUAUUACAAGAAAAGAGUUUGAAGAAGAAUGUUACAAAAGAGGAAUAUAUGAAGAAUUUAUUAAUAAAAUAAAACAAGUUACUCAAAAAAAAGGAUAUAAAAGAGGAAAUGUCCAAUUAGUAAUAUUAAAUGGUGGAACAUGUAAAAUGCCAAGAAUUAGAGAAGAAGUUGCUAAGUUAUUUGAUAUACAAACAUUUUCUGAUAAGAAGUUUAAUCCACUUAAUGCUGUUGCAAAAGGGGCAGCAUGUUUAGCAUAUUUAGAACAAGAUGAAUGUGUUGGUCAUGAAGUUAUAUAUGAUAUUGUUCCAACACCAAUUGGAAUAGAAUUAGAAGGGGGAAAUUUUGAAAUACUUAUUAAAGAAGGAGAAACACUUCCUACAAAUAUAAUUACAAAAAGGUAUUACACAAUCUACGAUAAUCAAACAACAAUAGAAUUUAAUAUUUAUAAAGGAUUUGGUAAAUAUGUUAAUUCAUAUGAAAUGGAAUACAUUACUACACUCCGUAUUGAUGGAAUUCCUAAUGGGAAAGCUGGAGAACAAACAAUUGACUUUACAAUUAAAGUUAAUCGGAAUGGAAUGAUGGAAUUAAGUGCUUCUGUUGUUGGAAGUGAUGUUAAAGGAGAUUUAAUUGUUAGUAUUGAUUUAUCUAAAGAAAGUGAUGAAAUUACAAAAUUAAUAAAACAUUUUCAAACAUUUUAUUAA